UGAGUCAAAAAUCUUAACCUCCCUGUGAACUAACAAUAUUCGGAUGAUUGAAGAGUGCACUCUUCUAAUAUCAAAUCGUGUAUUUAAAAAUGAAUAAUUUUAAGAUAUUAUUUAAUAAAAUUAAAUCCUAAAAAACGUGGAUUCAUCAUGCUGGGUGAUUUUUGUACUAAUUUUAACAGAUGAGAGUUUUAUAAACAGAAAUGGAAAAAUAAUGACUUUUUACAAUAAUGCCCAUGGGAAACUGAAUAUUCCAAACCCGGAAGGAUUUGGCCCUCACGCGCAAUGUUGGCACCGUCAGAUCCAGUCUUUAUCCGGUUCCAGUGCAGUGAUGAUACCAGUUGAAUUCCCUAAUUCAUUGAAUCAAGCUUAGCUGUUUAACUUGAUAGAUCUCACAUUCACCGUUAAAAGCUAAGUUCUUCCUCGUAUUUUAUCAGGUAAGACUUGGGAGUUUAGAAGUUGAGAAACACAGUGCUUCCUAAAUAUUACAACAAUGUCAAUGGAGGAAGGCAAUGCUGGUGAAAUGCCGGGAACUCAUAUGGAAGAUCCUGAAAAACAUCUGUCUGACAUGCACCGUGGAAGCAAUGGGAAUCUUACCAAAGAAAAUGGGUUGCAAGAUGACACUCCUUUUACAGAGACUGCUCAUGAGCAGCUUGUACAAAUGGUUAUUGAGUUAAAGUUUCAAAACGAAUUCUUGACGUCUCAGUUUGAGGCUUUGAAAAAUCUUCAAUCAGCAGAUGAUAAAUCUCAACACAGAACAGAAGCAAGCCAUCAAAAAACUGGUGAAAUUGAGGGACUCCAAAAGAGUAUUGAGUCUUUGAGUAGAGAACUUCACGCAGAAACACAAACACGAGGUGCAGCUGAAGAGGCUUUGAAGCAUCUUCGUGAGGCAUACUCUGAAGCAGAAGCAAAAGCCCAAGAGCUCUCAGCAAACCUUGCUGAAGCUGAACAGAAGUUAGAUAAAGAAAUAAAAGAGCGUGAAGAGAAGUAUUCUGAACUUGAUUCCAAGUUUCAAAGGCUUCAUAAACGAGCAAAACAACGUAUUCAAGAGGUCCAGAAGGCAGCAUAUGCAGAUGUGCAGAAACUGAGUUCAAAUAUUGUUUGGAGAUUGUCAUUUCAGGAAAAGGAUGAUCUUGUAGCCCGGUUUCGUGAAAUAAAUGAAGCUGCUGAACGAGCAUCAUCACAACAGUCAACUCUGCAGCAAGAGCUAGAACGCACAAGACAACAAGCACAUGAUGCACUGAAAGCAAUGGAUGCUGAGAGGCAACAAUUAAGAAGUGCAAAUAAUAAACUCCGUGAAAAGAUUGAGGAGUUGCACCAAUCAUUUCAACCUAAAGAGAGUGCUCUUGAGGCAUUGCAACAGACUCUUUUGGAGAAAGAACAGAUGUUGGAAGACAUGAGAGGUUUACUACAAGCUGCAGAGGAGAAAAAGCAAGCUUCAUUGGCUGAGCUCUCUGCUAAACAUCAGAAGAAUAUAGAGAACUUGGAAGGCCAACUUGCUGAUGCUUUAGUUGAUCGGGUUAAGGCUACUGAAACUAUAUCUUCACUGCAGGUGCUUAUUGCCGAGAAAGAGACUAGAAUUGCAGAGAUGGAUGCUGCUUCAAGUGGUGAAGCAGCUCGGCUUAGAGCUGCUUUGGAAAGUUUAAAAGGAGAGCUUGCCCACCAAAAACAGGAGCACGAGAAGGAAAAAGAGAGCUUGGAAGCUGCCUCCAAUACACUCAAAAUGAAACUUGAAAUUGCUGGGAGUAACUGCAUACGUGCUGAAAUUGAAGCAGCUAAAAUAAGAAGUGAGCUGGAAUUAAAAGUAUACGUACAAAAGCAGAUGCUAAACAAAAAGGAUGGUGAACUGUUGGCUGCCCAAGAGGAGAUCAACCGCCUUGAAAGUGAAUUUUCCUCAUAUAAGGUUCGUGCUCAUGCACUACUUCAGAGAAAGGAGGUUGAGCUAGCUGCAGCUCAGGACUCUGAACAACUUAAAGCUUUGGAGGAAGCUAUAAAAGAGGCAGAAAGAGAAUUGUCGUUGAUAUCUUCAGAAAGGGAUGAGGCUCUCCAGGAUCUUCAGGAUGCAUUGGCUAAUUAUGACAAAGAACUUGCUGAAAGAGAUGCAGCUCUUAACAAUUCCAAGCAGCAGAUGAAAAGUAUUGAAAUAAAACUUGAUUCAGCAAAUUCUCGCUACCAAUUUGAGAAAGAAGCAUGGGAGACAAACCUUCAAAAUUUGGAAGAAUCAUGGCGAUUGAGAUAUGAGGCAUUGAAGGCAGAAAAGGAAGCAACUUCUGGGCAAGAUAUACAAAAAGAAUUAGAAGAGUUGAAAGUACGCUAUAAAAAGCUGAAGGAAGAGCAUGAGGCAUUCCGUGAUCUUGCUGAUAGAAUGAUCGGGGAGAAGGAUAAAGAAAUAUCUAAACUUGUUGAUGACAAUAAGAAUCUUCGUUAUUCCCUGGAAUCAAGGCCACAAGAUGAUCAAAAUGAAAAUAAUAUCACAGUAUUUUCAGCCUUGAAAAAACAGGAUGCACCAAAUUUAAGCACCUCUGCUGCAGAACAGCAAAUUCUGCUUUUGGCAAGGCAACAAGCUCAGAGAGAGGAGGAAUUGGCACAAUCUCAGCGGCAUAUUUUGGCACUUCAAGAGGAAAUUGAGGAACUUCAACGGGAAAAUCGUCUUCACGGCCAACAGGAAGCUAUGUUGAAGGCUGAGCUACGCAACUUGGAAAGAUCACAGAAAAGAGAGGGGGUAGAUUUGACAUAUCUGAAAAAUGUCAUAUUGAAGCUACUUGAAACAGGUGAAGUGGAGGUACUAUUGCCUGUUGUUGCAAUGCUUCUGCAAUUCAGUCCUGAAGAGGUGCUGAAAUGUCAAGAGGCAUACAAUGCAUCUGAUGCUGCUCCACCGAGUCCUUCAAGUGAUUCUUCUGGAUCCACACUCUCUCUUUUCUCAAGAUUCUCAUUUUCAUAACACCAGAAGGGGACAUCCUAGAGAAUUCUUUUGUUGCAGAACCGCUGCAACUGCUAUGCAGCCACCGCAGUGUUGGGUGCUUGUGAGCAGAUUCAUAGCAUAGGUGUCAUCACAGUAUGCAUUAUUUUGUUAAAAUCGCGAGAAUGGUUAUGAUAACCAUGGAAAGGAAGAACAUCUUAGCAGCAUUCAGUUCACGAAGCCCUUUUCAUCUGAAUGUUUAUUUCCAUUUUUGGUUUUUGAGAGCACAUUGUAUAGGUGAGAAAGAAAAGGUUGUUGAUAAACUAAUAUUCCAUAACAUUCAUUCAGAAACCAAAGAAGUACCUCAAUUGUUCUAAAUUUGAAGACCUUGUCACUGCAAAUGGAAUUAGUGGAUCUGGAAUGAGUGGUCACUUUGUCAAGAGAGUUAAAUAACAAGCCUGUUUAACUGGCAUCGCUCUCUUGUAUUCAUCCUUCUCAACAGUGUUAGCUGCCACAGUAAUUAUUGUAAUUAUUCAAAUGCGUGCUCUGGAUAAACGAACUAAUUGAGAUUUUGAUUAAGGAGAUCAA